AUGCAUGGUAAUAAUAUGGGUGAAGUUAUCGAUGGAUUUAUUAAUAAAGUAACUGCUGAUUUUAAAUCUUCACAUACUAAUAUUACUGGUGUUGUUAUUACGGAUAAUAAUGGAUUAGUACUUGCAAGUCAUAAUGUGAAUAAUGAUUGUAGUGGAGCAAUUGCAUUACUUUCUGAUCUUGCAUCAACUCUUUUAGAACGACCAGCAAUUGUUUGUUUGGAAAAUGGAGAUAACAAAAUAAUUAUUCGUGAAGCUGGUAAAGCAGUAUUUUCUAUUUAUACAGAAACAAUUCGUCGUUAA